GAAAAAUAGCUACUUAAUACAAUUUUUUUUAUUUAAGGAAAACUAAGAAAAAUAGUUUAAUAUUAUUUUCUUUCUAAAACGAAUUUGGUUCCUGUGGUAAAAUUUGUGCUAUGAAACUACAUAAUAAAAUAUAUUUUUAAAUCCAAAAUAACAAAAAUACAUUACAAAAUUGACAUAAAGUGUAAUUUCAAUUAGCUCAUAUAUGUAUAACAUAUUAUGUACAUAGGACUGUAUCUCCGUGAAUAUGAAUAUAUACAGUGAAGCGAAAAAGAUAUCGCCCAAUUGCAACAGAAUUCGAUUGAACAAAUAGAUAAUAAAAUCGGGCAUGAGAAAAAAAAUAUCAAAGCCUUUUAAGCAAAAAUUAUCUAUCUUAACUUAACCUUUUAUUUUUAAAAAGCAAAAGUUUAGAAGAAAUAAUUUAAAAAUAUACAAAUAAGGCAAUGAUCCAGAAAGUGUUUCUGAAACUAACUUUGAAACCUAGAAAGUGCAUUUCUUAAGUAAUACAUUGUUAGAAAGAAUUACACACUUAGUUCUUGUGGAAUCUGAAGUCAUUUGGACACAUUAAAUUAAGUAAAAAUUCCAAUGUUGACUCAUUCUUAUCAUCUUCUAGCGAAGCGGAGGAAAAAUGUUGAGAGCAAAUGCAUUUCAAUGCUUGUGGAUUUCUUGUAAAGCCAUUACAUUGGAAGGUUUUACUCCCUAAGCUUGUUGUUAUUUUGGCAAGUAGCUAUCUAUCAUAUUAGUGUUAGGCUGUUAAAAUUUUUAGUUUUAUGUAGAAUCGUUUUGAUUACGUUCAAUUAAAUUUAAGUUCAAUUUAAAUUUUUGUGUUCAAGAAAAUUUAUGCUGCAGAUAUAAGACUUCUUGCUAUGUUUUUUAAAAUUUUGGGAACACAUCCAAGAAGUAAAUUACGUCAUAUAUGUCUAUAUAGGAUAAAAAUAAUUUACAGAAUUAAUAAGAAUAAGUGAAAGUAAUGAAUAAAAUAUUGAAAAAAAGAUUAGCUCAAAUUAAAUAAAUGCGCAUAAUUUUUGGCAGCGAAAUAAUAUUUUAUUUCCUUUAAAUAAUUGAAAUUAAAUUUUAAGAAAAACAGUAUGUACCCGUCUUUCGUCAAAAACGAUUGAAAAAUCUUUUAUUUAGUUUUGUAAAUUUCAAGCUAAAAAUGUCUCUUGUUCCGUUUAAAUUUCGUUAUGAUAACUAUCUGGAUCGUUUUGAUAAGGAACUAAAAGUAUUUGAUAACUUUCUCGAUCGUUUUUGGUAUUGGGAUCGCUACGGUUUAGAAUUUGAUCGCUACGCACCAAGAUCAUUAUUAUAUUCAGAUCAAGAAUCUCAUCCUGUUUAUGGUAAAGAUGGAUUUCACGUAGCGAUUGACUGCAUUCAAUUUCGUCCAAGUGAAAUAACUGUCAAAACAUUUGACAAUGAAAUUAUAAUAGAAGGGAAGCAUGAAGAACGUCCGGAUAACCACGGCUAUAUUUCUAGAGCGUUUGUUCGCAAAUAUAUUUUACCAGAUUAUAUAGACAGCGGCAAUAUUACAAGCUCAUUAUCUUCAGACGGAAUACUAACAAUUAAAGCCCCUCCACUUCCACCAAAAAGAAAUUUUUUGGAAAAUAAAGAAAGAUAUUUACCUAUCACUUAUACAGGCCCAUCUAAUUACAAACAACUUACUUAUAAAUAGAUUUCAAGUGGAUUUUACGUUCUUUUUUUUAAUUAACAUGGUGAUUUAAGGAAGUACAUAUUGUGUUGGGAUAGAAAGACAUAUGUAUAUAUAUAUUUAAGAUAGGAAUUAAUAUUUUUUUUAAGUUACACAUUCGAAAUAAGCAUAAAAUUGGAAUUCAGUGGCACUUUUCUUUAUUUAGCAUGCUUACUUAAUAAUUAUGCAUGCACUUUUGCCAUACUAUUUAUAUACAUGUCCGUGACCUUGACGUUUAAUCUUUUUGCUUUGCAAAAAGCAAACCUUUUUUUUUAAAUAUAACUUGCA